UACAAAACAUUUGAUUAUUUUUAUGCAGAAUAUACCACGUAACAAAUAUGGUGUUAAAACUCUAUUUAGACUACAUGUCACAGCCAUGUAGAGCAUUGGACAUGUUUAUGAAGAUGUCAAAAAUUCCUUUUGUGGUUCACCCUGUUGCACUUAGAAAAGGAGAACAUCGGCAAGAUUGGUUUAAAAAGAUAACUCCAUUGCGAAAAGUACCUGUGUUACAAGAUGACAAUUUCUACCUCACUGAAAGUAUUGCCAUGGUGAGGUAUUUGGCUGGUAGCUAUCCAACUGAAGCUUUGUAUCCAAAGAAUCUAAAAUUGAGAGCAAAGAUUGAUGAAUAUUUGGAAUGGCAGCAUGUGAACACAAGAAUUUUGUCAUCCAAAGUUUUUCUCAUUGAAAAUCUAAAAAUCCCAUUGGAACCAUUAGAAACCGCUGUAGAAAAUAUGGAAAAAAUGCUUUAUCAACUGGAAACUAUGUUCCUUAAAGACAAAGACUUUAUUGCCGGUGAUCAAUUGACAGUCGCUGACAUAUUUGCAAUAUGUGAACUAAUGCAACCAACUAUGAGUGGUAGAGACAUCUUUGAAGGCCACCCGAAGUUGCGCGAAUGGUUCCAGCGUGCCAAAGCUGCCACCCAGCCCCAUUUUAAUGAGGCACAUGCAGUGUUCAAUGCCAGUGCAGCCAGAGUACAGAAUAAACUUUAAAUAUUGUUGCUAUUUAAGUACUGGUAUAUUACUUUUUAAUUGUUACGUGCUUCCAAUUUGUCCAACACAAAUGCUUUAGUUCAAUGUGUUGUUCAUUUUUUGUAAUCUUGUCAAUGAAAAUAAACACAUAUGCAAUUCUUUUUUACUUAACUGCUACAAUUUUUCGCAAAUAAAAUUACUUAUGCCA